CCCAGCACUGUAUUUGGGACCCUCUGAGGAUUCUGCGUUGAUACUCACUCCUGAGCGUCAACCAUGAGAUUCACAGCUCUUCUCCUUCUGGCAGCUCUGGCUGGGGCCCUGGUCUGUGCCCAAGAUGCCACCACUGGUCCCACACAAGCUGCUGAGGUCCCUGAGAACACGCAAUCUGAUGCACCCCAAGAGACAACCAAAGCACCCCAAGAGACAACCAAAGCAGCCCAGGAGACAACCAAUGCAGCCCAGGAGCCAAACGAGGAGCAAGAAAAUCCCCUGGAAUCCGCGAUAAAGAAGGGUAUCAUGGACAUAAAAAAGGCCAUUGAAGAGGGGAAAAAAAAGUUGGGUGAUAGAAUUCGAAAUGGAAAAGAUCAAAUUAAAGAGGAAAUUGGCUUACUGAUGCAAAAAUGGGCUCCACGCAGACCGAUCUUUCCAUAAGCUGUAAAGAAUGGGAUCUGGGAAUUUAACGCCUUAAACAUGUGUACAGCUCAGAGCAAUUAAAUUGAAAGCAUA